AUUCGAACUUCGAAUGGAACUGAAUCGCUACCGGUUGGGGUCUUGUUUCGAAAAGUUAAUUAAAUUUGAAGUUAAUCAAAGUUUUGUCUUACCAAUAAUUAAGAAUUAUUUUGACCACAUCAAAAAUGGCUUCGAAUGCUCCAUCAAAAUUUAAAAAGAAUACAAAAAAGAAGAUCAUCUUUAAACACGAUCAACAUUCGUCAGUUGGUUCUUCAAUGCUCAGCAAUUUCUACAAACAAGCAGAGUUCUGUGACAUUUCCGUGUUAGCUGGAAUCAAUGGAGUCAGUAUUCAAGCUCAUCGAAUUGUCUUGUGUGCAUAUAGUGAAUACUUCUUGGAAAUAUUGCAAAGCACUAAACACUCUUCAACGCUGCAGUAUCAAGUUCAAAUUAAAGAAAUCGAAGCUUCAACACUCAAACCCAUAAUCGAAUUCAUGUAUUUCGGUUCGAUUGAACUGAGUUUCGAAACGGUAGCAGAUCUAUUAAAAGCAGCUUCAUUUCUGAAAAUUGAACCAUUAAUUAAGGGUUGCUGUAGCUUCGUUGAGAAAAACAUAGAUUAUAGAAACUCUUUAAGCUGGUAUCAAUUGGCAUGUGACUUCACUCUACCCCGGCUUAAAGAAAAUAUCCUUACACAUAUCUGCAAUAACUUUGACACCAUUUCAAAACACAAACAACUAACGAUGCUAACUGAAAAUCAAUUCGAGCAGCUGCUAGAAAGUAUCAAAAUGGCCACAACGAAAAACUUCUUGGCAGAAGAGGCGUUUCUGGCGAUAGUCGCAUGGAUAAAUUAUGAUCAACCAAAUCGUGAACAUUUGGUUCCUCAGCUUUUGUCAAAAGUUAGUUUUGAAAAUCUAACGCUUGAAUUCAUCAUGAAAAACAGAAAGAUCGUGUGCAGAAAUAUUGAAAGCUACGAACUGGUUUGUAGUUGGCUUCAAUGGCAUUUGUCACCGGAAACCCGACCCGAAAGAAAUACAACGAAACAAAAACACGACAGACUGACAAUUGUACAAAAUUGUAAGUUGGUAAAUUUUAGGAUAUUUGACAUCAAAACGUAUGACUCUAAUUUGAAAUUAUGGUCGAUAGAACGAACUCUGUCACCUGUAACAGAUUACGAAAUUUCUUCAACUAUUUUAUGUGAUAACAAACUCCUUGCAGCAACUAAUAUUCAUUUUACACAUAUAUUAGAAUGUAUUGACCUACAAACUUGCAAGAAGUCCCUGAUUCAAUCACAGAGUAAUAAAGUCAUUUUGCAAAUGGCAUUUCUAAAAGGAUAUUUGUGUGUUCUAUUCUUCCUUCGGUCUUUUGAAGUUUCCCUUGAAUUGUAUAGUUUUUCAAGACGUCAAUGGGAGAAUAAAGUUCUGCCAUUUCUACCAACAAUGUUUUGUAAAUUAGUUACCAAUGAUGAAAUGUUAUAUCUUCUUGAUUUUACUGUAGGCAGCUUAGGUUUAUAUAAUAUCUUUUUAAAUCAAUGGAGACUUGAAAAUAUUAGAAAAGAGGCAUUAAUUAAUUUUGGUUUAGCAGUAGAUGAAAGAUUUCUAUAUAUACUUGGUGGUAAAUUGGAAGAAGAAAUUAUCGACAAAGUUAAAUGUUAUAAUUUAUCUGACAAUUCCUGGUCAACAUUGGCAUCACUUCCUCAAGCUCGGGAACAAUUUAAUGCAGUGAUUUGUGAAAACAAAAUUUUAACUUCUGAUGGUUUCUAUGUUGAUGAGUACAAUAUUGAUAAUGAUACAUGGGAAACUUUCAGCUCUUUAAAAACACGAAAAAAAGGAGGAGUUAAAAUUAUUUCUUGGGAAACUAAUCCCUAAUUCAGGCAGGAACAAAAACUUAAAUCAACUCUACUUUGGAAUUGUCUAUUUAAUGGGUGUUUUUUUUUUAGUUAAACAACAAAUUAAGUUGGCAACAUUGUUUUAACUGGCGACCAUUUUGUAAGCUGUGAAGUGACUCGUUUUUAAUUUGAUUUGACUUUUCAACACCAAUAGACUGGCUCCUGAACAACAUCUCAAAGUUCUGCAAAUUUAUUC